UGCGCGCCUUGAUUAAUUUUCCCACAAUGCAACGCGGUUCUGUCAUGGCUGCUCACUGAUUCCGCUUGCUCCACAUGGGCAGAAAUAAACAUUUUAUCACUGAUUGAGACGCUCCGAAUCGGCUCGUUAGCACACCGCUUUAUAGCUGGCUUUUAUCUGGGACCGUCCUGACUGAAGGCAGCAGCUCCAGCUUGACUUUGGCAAGAACCAAAUCCGUUCAGUCAUGCCGCCGCUAGACGUGGAGAUCGCAGCACUCCGAGGGUUUUUAACUGCCGGUGAAACAGCGGAAUGGAAGCAGAACAUUUUCAGUAUUGCAGAGGCAGGCCCUCUGCUGGAGUCCCUUAUGGAAGGGGACUUUGAAGCAGUUCUGCUGAGCACGGAAGUGACAGAUCUGCUCAACGGACAUGGCGACUACCACGAAGGGGAGAACAUAGAGUCCUACCUGGAGAGACGUUUACUACUGUACCUGACCGAUGGCACCAAUGAUAACCAGACCAGCAGCUGCUGCCCUGCUGGACCCUGCGCUACAUUAACCUACACCAGCAAAUUCUAGAGGCCCGUUCCCCACAACUCUUCAGCUUGGCCCAGAUCAGCAUGGACAAAGUGCUCAAAUGCCAGUCUGUGUUAUCACAACACAGAAACCUGGCUAUUCAAUUCCACCUCGAGUGCGUCUACACUAGUCUCACCUACUAUGAGUACCAGCGUGCCAAGGAACACAUCGAGAAGGCUCGGGAGCUUUCGGGGCUCACCAUCAACAUGACUGGUGCCCUUGGCAAACGUACCCGGUUCCAGCAGAACUACUUGGCUCAGCUCAUCCUUGAAGUCAAAAGAAAGCAGGACCAGCCUUGUCAGAUCAAUGAUGAGGAAACUCCCACCCCUACACCUCAGGCUAGUCUUCCCAAGGACUAUAGUCUGGGGGAUGACACACUACUGGAUAAAAUCAAUUUAGCAGAGCCAGAUCAGUACCACUUGCCUGACCUAACUGCUGAAGAACAGGCCGUCAUCCUGGGUAUCUGCACUGACUUCCAGAAGAAUAACCCUGUGCACAAACUAACAGAAGAAGAACUCCUGGCCUUCACGUCUUGUGUUUUGUCUGAACCCAAGUUUUGGCCAGUGCAAGUGUCAGCACUUUGCCUCAGGACGAAACUGGAAAAAGGAAAAUCCCGAUGUGUAGAAAGAGCCAUGAUGCAAACCCAGGCAAUAGUAGACCACUUUGAAGACAAGAGUUGUCCUGUGACGGAGCGCCUCAAAGUCUUUUACUGCUGCCAAGCACCACCCAGAUGGGCUGUCCAGAAACAGCUGGCCAGCCUUCUGAUGGAUCUCGGCUGCAUCAGUUCAGCUGUACUCAUUUAUGAAAGGCUGGAGCUCUGGGAAGAUGCAAUUAUCUGCUACGAGAGACUCGGCCAACACGGAAAGGCCGAGGAGAUUGUGCGCAGGGAGCUGGAGAAGAAGGAGACACCUAGUCUGUACUGUCUACUAGGAGACAUCUUGAGGGAGUAUCAGUAUUACGACCGUGCAUGGGAGCUGUCAGGUCAGCGCAGCGCCAGAGCUAUGCGCUCCAAAGCCCUGCUACACCUCCGCCACAAGGAGUUCCAGCAGUGCGUCAACUGCUUUGAGCAGUCGCUCAAAAUCAACAGCAUGCAGCUCGGUGUGUGGUUUUCUCUUGGUUGUGCCUACUUUGCCCUGGAGGGCUAUGAGGGAGCUGCUAAGGCUUUCCAGAGGUGUGUGGGACUGGAGCCAGACAAUGCAGAAGCAUGGAACAACCUUUCUACAGCUUACAUUCGCCUCCAAAUGAAAAAUAAGGCUUUUCGAACCCUGCAGGAAGCCCUUAAGUGUAAUUACGAACACUGGCAGAUCUGGGAGAACUUCAUUGUUGUUAGCACUGACAUCGGAGAUUUUGCUGAAGCCAUCAAGGCAUACCACCGUCUUAUGGACCUGAGGGAGAACUACAAGGACAUCCAGAUUCUGCAGAUCUUGGUGAAAGCAGUUGUUGAGAACUUGACAGACAACCAAGGUGAGCAGGCAGGAGCCCUCCAGUCCAAACUGAAGGAGCUCCUAGGUCGGGUCAGUUCUCGCCACAGCAGUGACGCUGAGAUAUGGCGACAGUAUGCCCUGCUGUAUGGUGACGGCCACAGCUCCAACCCAGAAAACGACGACAAGGUCAGUAACAUGCACUCGCAUGUCUUUGUUUGUUUGUUUGUUUGUUUUUGUUGUGUUUUUAUUCUAACAAGUCUUGAAUCUGCCAUCUUCCACUUUACAACUAUACAAAGGGUCAGACCAGCUCUUCAUUCAAAGCAUGUGAUUCCAAACGGUUUGUUUCCUAACAGGUAAUGCAGAAAUCUGCAGGAAACAACUUCACAUACAAGUUCAUUUUCAUCUGCCUCUUGUUUAUAUAAAAAACCAAAGUAAAGGCACCUAAACAUUAAUAAAAACUAAAUGCACUUAAAUCAGUGGUGUGCGGUGACUUUUACAGAAAGAUAAUCCUCAACACAAACAUUUGUCAUCAUCUUAGAUAAAUUUGAUCAAAUUAAAGCAUACCAUUUGUUUUUCUUUCUUUAGCUUACAUUAUAAAACACCUUGAGGCAACUGUUGUUGUGAUUUGGUGCU